CUGCGCAUCAUAACCAAGACUGGAUGCAAGCAGGCAGCCACACCUCCCCUGAUCUGACAAACUCGCAGCAUCCAGGCGGGGUGGCGUGGCAAGCUGGGAGCAAUUCCAAGACAACCUGUCAAUAUAGAGGGAAAAAAAACAUUUUGAACAUUGGAUGUUGCAUAUAAUGUGAUUGGUUAAACCACAACAAGCAGACAUGAGUUUGGGAGCGGCGUGCAUCUUCCUGCGAGGCGGGAAAAACAUUUCGAGAGAGUUGGCGGAUGAUGAGAUCGAUGAACUGCGUGAAGCGUUCAAUGAGUUUGACAAGGACAAGGACGGCCUGAUCAGCUGUAAGGACCUGGGCAACCUGAUGAGGACCAUGGGAUACAUGCCCACUGAGAUGGAGCUCAUUGAGCUGAGCCAAAACAUCAACAUGAACCUUGGCGGCCGAGUUGACUUUGAGGACUUUGUGGAACUGAUGGCACCCAAACUUCUGGCAGAAACUGCUGGCAUGAUUGGUGUGAAGGAGCUGAAAAAUGCCUUCAAAGAGUUCGACGCGGAUGGCGACGGCGAGAUCACAACAGAGGAGCUGCGUUCCGCCAUGAAUAAGCUAAUGGGGGAGCACAUGAGCCGCAGGGAGAUAGACACCAUAGUCAAAGAGGCGGACGACAACGGAGAUGGCACGGUAGACUUUGAAGAGUUUGUCAGAAUGAUGUCCCAUCAAUGACCACAAAAUGCUGACCGGACCUUUGCACCUGUGCUACAUUUUCAGUCAAAACUCAAGCAAGUUCCUCUGCUAUGCAAAGACUGACAAUCAAGAAACUAAAUUUACAGUGGUACCUUGAUUUUCUGAAUUCAUCCGUUAAUGAAAGUUUUCAACAUGAAAUAAUAAAUCCAAAUAAUCCGUUCCAGACACCCAAUAAUGCUAACACAGAUGGAGAAUCAUUUUACAUUAGGAAUGACAUGGUUACACGUACAUUUAAGAUCAACUUUAGCGUUUAUUGAAGACUUUAUUGAGUGGCGUCACAUCUGUACUUUGCUACGACGUCCUUCUUGAAUUCAAUAGUUGGAGGACGGCAUGGCUCAGUUGGUUGAGCGACCGUCCCAGCAACCUGGUUCGAUCCCCGGUUAACAUCUGGCAACGUCGUUUGUAAACAGAUUUAUGGCCGACCUAGUUUGAUCCCAGGCAUCCGCCGUCCUCGUCACGUCCGUUGUGUCCUUGAGCAAGACACUUCACUCUUGCUUGUUGUGGUGCAUGUGUGUGUGAAUCAGUGUGUGAAUGUGGACAUAGCGUCAAAGCACUUUGAGUACCUUGAAGGUAUAAAAGCGCUAUACAAGUAUAACCCAUUUACGAUUUGUUAUAUUCACGAACGCAUGGAUGACGUAUGAGGGACAUUAUUCAGAAUUACCUCUUAAACACACUACUGAAAUGCUCUCACAUAAACAACUGAAAUGUUUUUCUCUCACAUGCACUGCUGAAACACUCUUCCACACACUACUGAAACACUCUUACACACAGUACUGAAAUGUUCCCACAUAAACAACUGAAAUGUUUUUCUCUCACAUGCACUGCUGAAACACUCUUACACACACUACUGAAACACUCUUACACACACUACUGAAAUGCUCUCACAUAAACAACUGAAAUGUUUUUCCCUCACACACACCACUGAAACACUCUUAUACACACUACUGAAAUGCUCUCACAUAAAAACUGAAAUGUUUUUCUCUUUCACACAAUACCGAAACACUCACACACUACUGAAACACUCUUUUACACACAACUGAAAUGCCCUGACAUAAACAACUGAAAUGUUUUUCUCUCACACACACUACUGAAACACUUUCCUAAACACUACUGAAUAUUUUCUGUCUCACGCCCACACACUUUUGGAAUUAUUUUUCACGCAUGGACGACGUCUGUGUGCUCACACAGCUUUGUGUGCAUUAACUGAUGCAAUCACACACACGGGAGAGAAAGUUAUACGGCACAACAUGUCACACUGUCGUGACUCCCUUCACGUCCUAUGAAGUAAUUUUGGUGAAAGUAUUUGCAAAGUCAAACCGGGGAACAUGAUAACAGAGGUAUCACUGUAUCUCUGUUUUGCUUAUUUAUUCCUUGACCUGUGCAAUACUGAUAAUGUUAACAGAUUAGGUUACAUUACACAUUAGUGAAUAGAAUAAUUAUUCCAAGUAUCUACAAUGAUAUACCGCUUUCUGUGUUUUAUAACAUGAGUCUGUGUGAGUCAUGUGUUUUUUUGCGAGAGAUUCAUUCUGCAUAGCAACACAAAUAGUACCUAACUUGCAUAACACAUAGCUUUCAGGUUGUAUAGUAAAACAAUAGGAUGAAAUAUGUAUGUUGAAACAAUAGGAUGAAAUAUGUAUGUUCCAGAGCUAGGAUUUGGACAAUAAACACUAUGCAGUCAAA